AUAGUUGUACAUAGUCCAUAGUUAAGUUAACAUGGUCUAUUUUUAUUUAUUUGUAUUUAUUUAAAAAAAACCAAGAAGACUAGGUCUCUAGUCUUCAUGAAAAAAAUCUACCGACGAAACUUUUUUCAUCUACGGCUCAAAAUUAUCGUCUUUUUUCAUUUUAUAAUACAUAUAUUAGUUUUUUGAAAUAAUCUCUGUAUUUUUUCAUAUAGUUUCUAACCUGUUUUAACCUGCAGGUUUGUGUGAAGUGCAGUGAAGUGUACUCGGCUGGCCAUAAGAGCCAUAACCUCCUUGAAAAAUGUCAACUUUAUUAAUUAAUUAAAAAAAAACCACCGACAAAAAAAUUAUAAAAAAAUUAGGGAUUGUGUAUUAUUACAUAAAUAAUAUACCUACUGUCAAAAUUUCAAAAACUUCUCUGUAUUUUCGUUCCGCGUUGGACAUGCCUUAACUUGUCAUUGAAUUAAAAAAGUAUAAAAAAAAAAAUAAAAUUUAAAAACAAAUAAAUUGGAGCAAAAAAAAAUAAUAACAAAAACAAUGUCAAAUCGUAAUUCAGGAAAAGGUCCAAUACCAGAACGUUGGUUAAAUUGUCCAAGAAGAGCAGAAUAUCUUAUUCAUGAUAAAUUUUUAGCCUUCAAAACACCAUUAUCACAAGAUUUUGAUGAUGAAGUAUCUGAAGCAUGUCGUUUUAGUGUUGAUUUUUUAUUUAACAGUGCAAAAGAAAAUAAAUGGAAACUUGGUUUAUGGAUUGACUUGACAAAUACAUCACGUUUUUAUGACAAAAAAGAUGUUGAAUCAUAUGGCUGUAAGUACCUGAAAUUACCAUGUCGUGGACAUGGUGAAACACCAGAUGUACAAACAACACGUGCAUUUAUAGAAGAAUGUAAACAAUUUAUAUCACAACAUCCAUUAGAAAUAAUUGGUGUACAUUGUACACAUGGUUUUAAUAGAACUGGUUUUUUAAUAAUAAGUUAUUUGGUUGAAAAUGGAGAUAAUAGUCUUGAUGCUGCAAUGGCAAAAUUUUCAGUAGCAAGACCACUAGGUAUUUAUAAAAACGAUUAUAUUGAAGAAUUAUAUAAACGUUAUGAAGAAGGUAAAACACCACCACCUCCACCACCAAGACCAGAUUGGUGUUUUGAAUAUGAUAAUAAUGACGAUGAUGAUGAUAAUGGAUUUAAUUCUGGUGGUAAUAAUUCCCCACCAGCAAAACGUCGUAAAACUGAAUUUAAACAUAAAAAUCCAGUAUUUAUGAGGGGUGUUACUGGUGUAUCAUCAGUAACAGAUAGAUUAAAUUUAUCACAUGUACAAAAAAGAGUACAAGAUAUAUGUAAAUGGACAAAAUCUGGAUUUCCAGGCUCACAACCAGUAUCAAUGGGACGUGAUAAUAUAAAAUUACUACAGGAUAUACCUUACAGAGUAUCAUGGAAAGCUGAUGGAACAAGAUAUAUGCUGUUGAUACAAGCAAAUGGUGAAUCAUUUUUUAUUGAUCGUGACAAUAGUGUUUUUAAAAUAGAUGUUAUUAAAUUUCCACAUUACAAAGAAACACAUAGGUUACUUUAUGAUACACUUCUUGAUGGGGAAAUGGUAAUUGAUCAUGUUGGUGGUAAAGAAUAUCCUCGUUAUCUUGCUUAUGAUAUAAUUAUGUAUGACAAUAUAGAUGUUUCAAAAUUAGGCUUUUAUCCUGAUCGUUAUAAUAUAAUAAAAUAUAAAGUUAUGGCUGGUCGUCAUAGAGCAAUAAGUGAACGUAAAUUAAUAAGAGAAAAAGAACCAUUUUCAAUACGUUUAAAAGAAUUUUGGCCAGUUAUGCAAGCUGAUCGUUUAUUAAGUGAUAAAUUUUCACAACAAUUAGGACAUGAACCAGAUGGUCUUAUAUUUCAACCAUCAAAAGAACCAUAUUGUCCAGGACCAUCAAGUGAAGUAUUAAAAUGGAAACCACCAUCAUUAAAUUCAGUUGAUUUUAAACUUAAAAUUGUUAGGGAAAGUGGUCUCGGUAUUGUUCCUAAAAAAGUUGGACAAUUAUUUGUUGGUUCGCUAUCAACACCAUUUACACAAAUUAAAAUUAAUAAAACAGUUAAAGAACUUGAUAAUAAAAUUAUUGAAUGUAAAUAUGAAAAUGGACAAUGGGUAUUUAUGCGUGAAAGAACUGAUAAAUCAUUUCCAAAUUCAUAUGAUACAGCAAUGUCUGUUUGGGAAACUAUUAGAGAUCCAAUUACAACUGAAUAUUUACUUGAUUUUAUACGUCAACAAGGAUUUGUAGAUGAUUCUGAUCUUAUGCCACUACCAGCUAAAUUACAAUCAAAUAGUUCAUCAUCAAAAUAUGUUCAUCAUAAUCAAAGACGAUAGUAUUUAGUUAUUUAAUUAUCUACUUUAUUUAAAUUUGUUUUAUUUUGUAAUAUAAAUUCUUUUUAGCCUUUUUAGUCAUUUGUUGUUUGUUCAAGUGAAUGCUUCUGUUGUAAUAUAAAAAUAUCAAAAAUUAAUUGAGAUUUUUGUGAAAAAUACUUUGUACAAAUUUCUUUAAAUAAAAAAAAAAAUAUCUACACCAA